UGCUCUUGUGGCUGAAUGGAAACAAGUCCCCACAGCAAUGUUCCAACAUCUAGUGGAAAACCUUCCCAGAAGAGGGGAGGCUGUUAUAGCUGCAAAGGGGUACGCCAUAUUAAUGCCCAUGAUUUUGGAAUGAAAUGUUCGACAAGUAGGUGUCCACAUACUCAAGGAUCGUAAACUGUUGCAAAUGAUGUUAAAUGCAGUAAUACAAUCAGUACAUGUACAACAUACGUGGAACUGUCCUUUAACUGCACUCAUUGAUGUCUGUUUUUUUACUCUUUUUGCAGUUCUACAAUGAGAAAAGAAGGCAGUUCAGCCUGGUAAAGAGUUCUCCUUAUGAGAUGGUGGAAAAGGUAGCUUCAGACAUCGAGAAGCUACUGGCCAAGAAACGCAAAGCACUUGAUAGGCUGGCCAGUGAAGCAGAAUGUGUCCAGCGAGACCAUCCCUGGCACGACAGCGUCAAGCCCCAGUGAUUCUAAAUGAGCUGAACUGGACCCAGGCGCUGGAGAAGGUGUUUAUGGAGAACAGUCAAGAGGAUCCUUCACUACUCUGGCAGGCAUUUGGUAGCGCCACUGGGGUCACCCGCUACUACCCAGAAGACGAAUGUCCCGCGAGCUCACUGCAAUAAAAUAAUCAUGCUGUUCACUGAUGGAGGAGAGGAUCGAGCUCAGGACAUCUUUGAGCAGUACAACUGGCCCAACAAAAUGGUGCAGGUCUUUUCAUUCUCUUUGGGGCAGCACAACUAUGAUGUCACACCCUUGCAGUGGAUUGCGUGUGCCAAUGAAGGUUUCUAUUUUGAGAUCCGCUCCAUCUGUGCCUUAAGGAUUAACACCCAGGAGUACCUGGAUGUGCUGGGCCGCCCGAUGGUCCUGGCAGGCAGCCGUGCCAAGCAGGUUCAGUGGACCAAUGUCUAUCAGGAUGCCUUGAACAGCAAGGUGUCGAAAGCGUUUGACAGUGAUGCUGGUCCAUGUAGACUCCAAUGCUUGGAGGAUAAGGUCUUAGGCUGA